AUGGAGCACAACGCCCAGCAGCAGCCGGUGACUAGCGUCGACAACCCGAAUUCCGAUAAAGAAGAGAUUCCUGCUGUACAACUACGUACAGGUCAACAUGUAGACUCACCUACUUCUACUCGUCUACCGGCUGCAACGAGUCCCGGGAGAGCGGACGGAGCGGCUCGUGCCCCGAAGUCUGGUGCUGGCGCUGAGAUUGCGGAGGGCGUAGUAGACGACUCUCAAGGAGGUGAGCCGUCUCUUCUAGCUGCACAGCCACCUUUUGUUUCGCCUGUCAGGUAUGUACUGUAUCUGUAUGUUGGUAGGCGUAGGCUGUAGUCUUCACAUAAACUACUUCUACUACACACGUGCCUCAUGCUCAUACCACAGCCAAGGAGCACCAGAUCCAGACGACCAAGAACAGAGGAUUUCGUAGUUUUUACACCGCGAGCACAGCACUUCAGAGUCACGAGUUUCACAGAAAUACGAAAUAACAAGGCGCUGUGCAUCGUUCUUGACCACUUUCACUUGCAUAUUCCAAGAUUUAUUUCUGUGCCCGCCUAGCACGCUGGAAAAUAAGAUGUGAUAUAUGGGCGACAGCACAUAGAACAAAUAUGAAAAACUACUCAGCACCAGGAGGCAGGACAAGGGGGAAGCUGGCGAUGGGGGUUCUAUCGUGUUGAAAAGCUGCGCCCCGCCCCUAUCCCAGAACCAACUGCAAAGCGUCCCAACACGAUGGGACUAAUGCUCUGCGUGCGAAGUAUACAAACGGCACCACCUUGUUUCUCCGGUGUAGACUAGCGAAAAUGAUCAGCGUUGCAAAAUGAAAGCCCAAAAUGAAGGGCAGCGCUUGUCAUGAAGAGCCGCUUUGCGUGCCUCGUCCUCUCAUCUGAAGCAAGCAAGAGCCCUCGUCCUUUCAUGCGGGAGAAAAUAGAGCCGUCGCUUUCGAGCUCUUUGCAACCCACCAAACUAGAACUAGUGCACGUCGAACUGGAAUCUCCAGGAACCUCCGGGGGGAAGGCGCACUUUUCAGUUUGACAGGCACCCACGACGGAUCGGCUGUGCACCGACGGGGCGCAACAUCGAACAACACGACUGACAAUCAAGAAGAUAUGAAUAUGAUGCAGAAAAUUACUAGCAGACAAUUAUUACUUUGAUGUCCUGACCUCUACCGCGGAAGGAGAGACUCACGAGUGUGCUUGUGCAAUGGCCUAGCAUGUUGCUGGUCAGCACCGAGACCGACGAGAACAAACUUUUUCUUUUUCAAAGACAUGCAUCACACAGUGACGAAAACUACUUUCACAGACUGUACCUGCAUCAUGUCUACUCGUCGUCUCUGCGCGGCGAUGCCAUCACUGAUUAUACAAAAAGCUAGGCCUUUUUUCUGUUUGAUACGUUGCGAGGAUACGACGGAAAAAAGCAAGAGCCAGAAACUGCACCAGAAUGUGACGGACAAGAUUAAUAGAGGAAAAAAAGGCAAGCAGCAGCACGUCCUUUAUGUGCAAAACGUUCCGAAAAAGCAUAGCGCGGGAACCGUCAUGAACUUGCUCUUUGCGAACGACAUUAUCCUGAAAGUACGCGUUUUUUUGGUUGUGAGGAUGAUCUGUAGUCACAGUAUUUGUUUUGUUUAAGUAAAGACUGCUUCUGCUAACCUGCUGAAUGAAGCAGAUCGAGAUCAUGCGCAUGCCGCCCAACUAAUAGAAGAUUGAUUGAGGCGGGUUCUGUAACUGUAAGACGAGGAGCACGACCCCUACCAGGAACUGUGAAAAAGAUGACAAAGAAUAAGAAGUAAAGAAUUUCGCACAGUGAAAUGGAAAGUCUAAGUCCGAUGCUGCAUCAGUAAUGUGAGGUUCUUGCAACAAGAUUUGCACCACGCCAUUUUUAGGCCAGAUCACGUUCAAAAAACUCUUUGGGCAGCCGAGGCCGACAGGGCAAAUGCAUAAUCAGCUUCAAUCUGACUCAGCGCCAAGACCACACGCCUCCACGGUGGCGACUGUCUUUAGCUUUUAUUGAGCUACAGUAUCCUCGUGGUCUGCCUCCGAGUCAAGGGCGUUACCUUGUCGGGGCGAAGGCACCUUUUGGUGCGCCGGCCUCGAACUUCCCACCAUCUAGCCCUAGCCUCCUCGUUCUUCUGUGAGUGCGGUGGUAUUCGUUCUUUUCAUUUUUCGUUUUCACUUACGAUCAAUUUUUUGACAGGACGCUGAGUUUCUGCGCCUAAGUGAGGAGGCGCUGGAAACUGCCCACGAGAGCUACCGAGACCAAAUUCCGUCAUACAAGGAUCCGCAAAAGGUGUUCGACGCUUGGGCCGAUAGAAUGCGGAAGAAGGUGCUGGACUUGCACAAGGAGAACGUCGCGCAAGCGGUGGCCAAGCAGAAGCGGAGGGCCCUUUGGAGCAGCAAAGUCCAACAGGGACAAAACCCAGCAACAGGAGGUGAAAUGGGUGCGUUCGAAUCUGACUCCUGGCGGGCUCGGCCGGCCGGUCUGCAAGCAGUUGCGGGUAAUGCAGAGACGUCGGAAAAAAGUAGCCGAGGAGCGGCCGAGGAGAAGGAAAGAAACCAAGCCAAGAAAGACGUCUCACAUGAACAUGAGGUUGAGCACGACGAUGUGCCACCCGACGGCCCGGCCUCGCAAAACGACCACCAGAAGGCUGGUGGAACUACGCGCAUUGAUAUUAAGCCGGGCACCGAAGUCGAAGCGUCUCCCAUUGUGUUGCCGAUGGUACCUCACAUUUUUGCUAAACAACCUGUUUCAGUUUGUUCUUAUAUUUUACUUUUUGGCGAUAAUUUAUGACAUCCCUUCAUUCAAGCACGAACGAAGCAGAAUGGGCAGAAAAGCCAUAGUAGGCAUUCCAAGAAAAGAAGUAGAAGGCGCUGAGUUGAGUCUAAACGAGUUUUUCUUAUUUCGUGACUUCGUGGCGGAAAGCUGCGCGUUUGAGGAGAAGCCUCCUCCUGUCACUGGGUUUUUUAGUGCUCUGCUUAGCUUGUUCUGAGUCGCAACUUUGAUGCAGCCGCUCCACAGGCAAGAAUUCACGCUCUAGAAGAUGCAAGUCAAACCAGAUAAGUAUUGAAACUGACAAUAAACUGAGGGAGUUGCUAAAUGUGAAAACUACAAAAAAUACCACUUCAGGAGGAGCGCGUUUUGUUAUGGAAUUGAAAGAAAUGCGCGGGAUCGCGAGGUGAACGACCCACGGCCGUAGUAUGCGCGCAUGCACGGGACUGGUGAUUUAAGGCAGAAAAUACACAAAUAGGAAUUUGAUGCGUUUCGGUUUCAUCUCCUGUAGUGACACUGUAAACAGCAUGCAGAUCUUGGAGGCCAUCAACAGACUAACUUAGUAUGCAUGUACUUCUGAGAUAGUCCCAGCAAGCACGUGCGGGCGCGCUUUUCAUUCUUGCCUUUCAUAGAAUUGCGACGCAGAGUACUUGGAUCCAGAAGUGCUCGUAUCCCCAUGUAAAAUCACCAUCGACGACGUGGUCGUCAUACUCAUUUCAUUUGUUUUCCAUCCAUGCGAAUGCUCAUAAUAAUCGUAAAGAGUCAACCUUGUUGGUUCUUCAGCUUAGAUUGCUUCUAGCUCGGAGGCUGACGCAUCAGAAGUUAUCCAGUUCGAGACGCAUGUAUGCCAUAUCGAGGUCGGGCAUGGCGAUGCUGAUUUUACAUGGCAUACCACGAGAAUUUCGUUCCGGGACCUUAAGCUAGGAAGAUCGAGAGUCAAUCGGAGAUAAUCACUUCACCUUUCUCGUGUUGGAAAAACAGAUGACUGCACUACACCUGCCCUGAAUAUUCAUAAAAUUAAAAGUUGUGGGCACUCAGCCAAAGGUUGAAAAGUCCGCGGCUCGCGAUAGGCACAGCGUUGUAUGUUGGAGACUUUGCUCUGGAAUUUUGCAAAGCAAUGCAAGUUGAUCGGGAAACAUUCUGUAUUCCUUCUUGCUCAUCAAGAACAAAAUAAGACACAUCAUUCCUUGUCGCCGUGCUUCUACUUGUACUUCUAGUGCACACAGAAGCUGUUCGGGCCGCCUUUGAGUGAUUUUGUAUUGAACAAGAACCCGCAACCGCAUCAUACAUAGCCUGUGACUCUUGGUUUUUCUUGGAAAGUUCUUGGCUCGUGGCAGCUCCGGACAAAGACAGCGGUGGAACAUAUGAAAGGUGAUUUCUGGAGACAUUUCCGCACAUCUGCCGCGGAGCAACCAUUUAGUGCUAGAAGUAGAGAGCUUUGCAGUCGCACGGGACGAGACACAGACUCACCCAUGAUGAUGAUGAUGGUGAAGGACGUCUGUCUUUGCAUAAACAUUUUCAUUUCACCUUAUUGAUUCUGGCCGAUAGUGAAGGUGUCGUCCGUACAGUAACAACAUUACCGGGUGCUGGGGUCAACCACCUCGAGUACGGCGCAUGUUUGUGGGUAGCGGCAAUGUCAAUUUCGCGCGCCUUCAUUUCUAGAUUUAAUAAUACUGAAUAGCUAAUAUAAAUAAAAAUAUAGCUGAAGCGGACCACGAACAAAAAAAAAUAAAACGCUUCUGAGUCACGCAGUCGGUGCGAAAAUAAAACUCGUGCUCCGCAACUCCAUAAAGUUCCGGACACCGCACCCUGCCAAGUCGUGUCCUCCUCACUUCACCCCAUCAUUUUCCGAGUGCUGAGCUUCUUCACUUUGCCAUUAUCGCGACAAAACACGAAGAAUUUGGGGUACUGAUUUAAGAAGUAGGUGAUAGCAACGCACAGCGCUUCUCUCUUGUAGCCUGUACGCCUGUAUUAGUACCUUAUAAUUGCCGUUGCUAUUGAAAGAAAAUGGAAGACACGCGUGAAAAUCGUACCCUAUGAAAUCGAACUUACCGUAUGCGUUGAAUUUGAAAUUUCUCUCAGGUAUAUCUUUGCGUGUUUCCGGACAAGCGCCCUGUGCAAACGGUUUCAAGAGCUCAUGAAGGAGAAACGGCUUCGAUGGAAUUCGAUAAAAAAACUUCAGGUAUAACUUUUUUACUGGGUUUUGAAUUUUUUGAUACACAUCAAAAAUAUCUGGAAGCCUCAGCCUUUUCUCUUCGAGGUGUUUGACACACUGACAAAGAACAGAGGUCGAUAAUUCCGCUGCAUGCCAGGCGUUGAUUUCAUUUUGGUGAUCAUUAUUGAUAUAGACAUAUGUCUAGCUGGCUCUAGUCUUGAUGUUCGUUACGUCAUUGGUGACGGGGGCUCGAUCCACCUCCAAGCCCGAGCGAGCUUCUCCUUCACUAAGGAGAGCUUCUCCUCGAUAUCAGGCCGGACCCCGAUAUGAGCAUGCGAGGCGAGAUGCAUUUGCAUGCAUGCGUCAGAUAUAGAAAAUCGCCACUUGUUUCAGCAGUGCGUGGGGAAUAAAAAUGCAGCGUGCACCAGCGCACGCUUUUGCAUGUGCUUUCAGCGAUAUUACUUAAGUUUCUGAAAUAUCCACUCAGGCCUCUCUAAAUAAAUCAAAUUCAAAAAGCAAAAAAUUUUCUUCCCGCCUGUCAGAUUAUGGAUGCGCGAAUGGAAGACUUGGAAGAUCUGAGGGAUUAUUUCACGCAAGCAGACAACGACGAGAACGGACCGGACUACGCUCUAUGCAAUAGAAAAGCGCAAAGCUGGCUUCCUUUACCAUAUUUGUAGUUCUUCAACCGAUCUUCACAUGUUUGCAUCCGAAGAGAAAACACCGAAGAAGAUUUACGGGCUUCGCCUGUUUGUUUUUUUGCUCGAGUGCCACUAGCAGGCAUGCAAGAUAGAAAGCGGCCGCCAUUCGCAUUCCCAAUCCUUGAUGAGCUGAUCUUCCGCACUUCUGCAGGAAAAGGAGACAAAGUAAGAACAUACUAGAGGGAUGUCCAUGUUGACCAUCCCCAUCCGCCUCAGAUAACUUACGCCCGACAGAAGAUGUUCUUCAAUCUCGUGUAAUAUGCUUAUUCCUUUUCCACCUCGUGGUUCAAGACUUACUUGAAUGAGAAAAAACGCAUAAAAUGAGAAGGUAGGCGAUGCUUCGUCGCUCUUCUUUUGCAUACAGGAGCAAGAAGUAUCACAAAUCGAAUGUGUUUUGGUUUGAUGAGGGACUCGAGGCGAUCCAAGAACAGCUUGCUCGCUAUAAUGCCGCGUGGGAACGGCUGACCGAGGCGACCUUUGUAUCGCAGAGAAAAAUGGCUCCAUCCCAUGUUGUUCAGCGAUGCAGGAGCUCGGGUUGCGUCUUCACUUUGCGCACGUGCUAGGGAGCUUGAGGUCCUCAGUUUACUACUGACGUUCUACAAGCCGAUUAUGCUGCGUUUCCAUUUGAAUUUGUUUCAAUUUUUUGUAUCCAUGUUUAACAACAAGGUGAAAGAUGAAGACCCACACUGUCAUCGACAGUAGGAGUCGCAGAAAUCACCUUCAGUUACAAGGAGAAGGGCUAAUGAAUCUCUCAGGCUGCUGUAUCUGUGAAAGCAACAUGAUACAUGCAAAAUGAACGAAGUACAUCAAUAUGACGUCCGAUUCAGUAUGGGUGUGCGUAUUUUUCUUCUAGAUAGCCUUGCAUCGACAAGAAGAGCGGACAGCUUGUGGAUAGUUUCGGCCGCGAGGGUCUUCCAUUAUUUCACAGUGCGGCCCAUCGCGCCGCAGCUACCGUGUUUAAUAAGGGAAAGGUAUUGUCAGAAAAAAUCCCCCUCAUCCACGACACGCACACUCAAUUUGGCUUUCGUGGUGCCGGAAGAGUUGCAUACACGAACAUGAAGGGGGCGCAUGAGGAGCAAUCGGAGGCAUAAUUCUACAGGCACAGUGCAAAGCGUUCCUUGCCGCCUACUUCAGCCUCGAAGUCAGAGACGUGUGCUAUAUAUGCUCAGCAUGUAGAGGACUCGUAUACGCUCCCGUAGUACACACCAGUACGAGCUAAACCCACGUCGGCACCACGCCACAAGUUUCACCCUUCAGCAGAGGGAGCGGGGAUUUUCGUUUUUCAUAGAGGGGCAAAGGUCGACGCGGAGCGGGACGAGGUGGCCGAUCUAAGCGUGAUGGUCCAGAGUUCAAUCCAAGAUCCCGAUGGUACCACAGUUUGUUGGAUGCUUGAUGACGGCGCCCACAUCUGGCCUGGUUUUUAUUUUUGCUUAUCAUGUACUAUUUGCAGCAGAGGAACAUCAUCAAGUCGUUGCUCGUGCUUGAACUUGAAGGCUACAGCUAGAGAUUUUUUGAUGGUUUAUUUCCUUGCAAAUGCAAAUGUUUGCUACACACGAACUGCUCUUGUGGUUUUCGAAUCCUCGUCAUGGAAGUAGACGAGCAAGGGAACAAAAAAGCGCGAAUGCAAUAUGCUAUUCCAUGUGGUGUUGUUCUUGAUGAAGCCGUGCGCGCGCAGCUGCACCUGCAGGUUUACUAUCAGCAUCGUCUAUCUGUUUACUUGUCCUUUUUACCUUCUUUAGGUACAACAACAACGGUGAACCGCCUUCGUCCAGUGUAUGGUUGGGAACCUAGUAAAGUGAUCUCCCAGACUGCUGCUAGUAGUGGUAGCCCAAAAAUAAAAUCCUCUGCGACCACACUCGGAGUCGCCGACGCGAAUUCGUUUUGUGAUGCAAAACCACUUGCAAUUGCAUAGAGACGAGCUUGAGUGAUUUCUGGCGUACUGGUACUUUGUGCAUCACAAAUAAAAAGCAAAACAAAAACAUAUGCAAAUCUGCGGGGCAGACUGCGGCUUUUCAUUUUCUUAGGGCUAGCAACAGCUCCCAAGACCUCUCCGUUCCCCUGCAUAUUGUUCCUCCGAACAGACGGGACUUUGGCCCCGGGGAAGCGGAAGAUCCUCGAUCCUCACGGCAGAUGCAGAGGACGCGCGGAUGAAUGACGGCGGCGGCAACCAGGAUAGCUGGGAGUACCGAAGUAAUCCGAAUUUCAACCGCAGCAGUGCCAGUGUGAAAGUAAAUUUCAACCGCAGUGUCAUGUUCGGAGGCAAGGACGGGGACGGCAACAAGAACGCAGCUACAGCCAAAAAAACAAGUAGCAACUCCAACUGGGGCUUGUCCUCUUCCUACAGCAAUCACAAGAAAAUGGAAAAUAGCAACAAAGGAACUUUUACAGCAGGAGGGUCCGCCUCAUCCACUGCCCCCGGGCCGGUCGCUAGUACUUCCAGCAGCCACUACGAGCAGUUUAACAGGUUCGAAAGUCCUGCGGCGCAUCCGCAUGCACAGCGGGAAGACCGCGAGCAACAGCUUUACAGGAACGAAAGCCCGCGCGGGCAAGAUGCAUUUCAGUUUCGGCUGCACGGAGAAGCUGCGACGAAUAGGACGAAUCACGCCAAAGCGGGCACAGAGCGAGGACCGCACGCGAACCCUCGUUCGAAAAGCAAGCGGCCGCAUCUGGGGCAGGGGCUAUUCGAGAACCAGGGGCACAAGAACUCCCAGCAGUACAACUCGUUCCAGAAGCAUGCGGGAGGUGGACACGGAGAGCCACAAUACCUGCACAACCAUGGUCGCCGUGGCCACGAUAUCAUGUGGAAAAAUGUCGCCUCGUCUUCAUCAUUAAAAUGAAGCCGCACAGCACGCUAAAUUUUCGUACACCAACCAACCUGGUGCUAACGUCCUGCAAGAGGGCUGUGGCAGGACACUCGUGCGCCGGCUCAUUCGUCGGCAUUGCUGCAUGUGCGUUUCUAGUACUACCAGCAGCGCCGGUAGCGACGUGCCUUCAGAUAAUUCUGUUGUCAUACAACUGAACAGGCGAAGCGUUUCAGUGUGAUGCAGGAUCACAGUCUGCACCUUUUGUUUACUUCUGAUUUGAAGCCAGGCCUCUGAUAUGAUGGUGCCGCGACUCGCUUACAGAAAUCAUGCUAUGGCUAUGCAUCAAGAGUCGUUUCUCUAUAUAAGGAAGCGGGUUAUUUAUUUUUUGUUUUUCCACUUUGAUACGCGUGCGAAUCUACGAUGAAAGGGCUGUAAACUACCGUGACCGGGAGCGUGGGGGCGCGAACGCAAGUCCACCCUCAGGCGAUCAUCCGAGCGUGAUUUGGACACGGGAACAGCACAGCUCUUACCCCUCAUCCAUCAACAGCCUCGCUUCUGACCCCAAGUCCAAGACCAAGACGCCCCGUGGCGGUACAAUGCAGCACGAUCAGGCACCGCCACAAUGGGCGGCCCCGUCCUCGAGGCCACGAGCGCGAACCGGAAACGAGGAUCGCACACUAAGGCAGCACGUGCUUGCCAGCCAGGGUCGAACAAGCAGAUAUUACAGUGAAAAAUGCCCCCACGCCGGAAUUUGCAGAAGUUUGUCAUGCAAAGUUUCCAGAUGAAAGCUUUUUGCCUUGCAUAAAAUGAUUGCGAGCGUUUCUGAUGCAGAAUCUGGGUGCGCAAGGUGGCUUGAUGUGCAUAACAGAUCCGGCUGCUGUUGGGCUACUUCGCAACACAAAUUUGAUCUAAGUAUUCAGAAUCAAAAACUUGUGAUGCUGAGAUAUGCAAGACGGGGAAUGUUUCUGUUGGAAAGGUUUGCAAUACAAAUGCUGCCAAGCUGGGGGUGGGGGCAUUUUUCAUUGUAAUAGCAGACGGGGGUCGUCUCCUGGGCAGCAUGAGGAUCCAGACCAAGACGAGGACCCGAACUUUAAAGGGCUUCGGCCACCCGAGCUGCACGACGGUGAUGCCUCGACCCCGUCUCGAAGACACGGAAUUCCGCGAGGACCACCACUCGAAAGUGCUGUAUCUGACCAGACUGCCUUGCGAAACCGCAAUGGCAGCGCCUUCCGAGAUCGAGAUGUGCAAGACGUGGGGCGCCCGAAGCAGCACAGAGCAGCCUCAUCGUCGUACGGCGUCCACCCGCAGUCGGUUGAGUCGAAUCUUCCAAGAUCAGGAACGACCCGGACCGAAGAUACACGUGAAGACUGGGAGUACCGAACGUAUUCUAGUAACCGAGGCGACUUUGUUGAACAAGACAGCUACGCAUUAUAUCCCGGAACUGGUGCAGGACGAGCAUCCACCGAUGAUCAUAAACGGAGCCGUGGUGCUGGUCGAAACACGGAUGGACCAAGCCGAUGGCAGGGGCAAUCUGUGGGAUCUGGUACGACCACGAGCAGGCCGGACUACGCGGUGCGAGGAUUCCUGAUCGGUGCCUUAUCCUCCGCAUACGAACAGACGCAGUCACUACAGAAGGGACCUCCACAGGACAAGAACCAACAUUCCGCCUUGAAUAAGUUCGCUGGAGGAGGUUAUACAACUAGUGCGGAACAAGGUGCUUCCAAUUCGUCCGGGUAUGUAUCGUUGUAUUCCUCUCGUGAUGCCUUUUUUUUCGAUACUGACUCGGUUCUUGUCGAUACCAAAAUCAAAUUUUUGUUUGCUGGUGAUAAUGAUAUCCUCAUCAUGUUCAUGUCCGCCUCGGCCUAUCCCGAUCACAUGCAUGAUUUGACACGACGGCGCAUUCCUUCCAGAAAUGAAAAACGAGAACUCUGCUCCGGCGACGUUUCAUUCCGCGGGAAGAAUCGGCAGCAUUUGCAUCUGGUCAAGUGUAAGUAGAACACCUGAGCACCUGUACAAUGAAUAUUAGUUGUUGAUCUACUACAUCAUCAUCAUCAUCAUGCAGCUACAGUAGAGCAUACGAACAUUGUCCCGGGAGUCCUUGGGGUCGCGGACAGCAGGACUUUGUUUUUACACUUCCAAGGUGACAAUUAAACUCAGUCGUGUCGGAGUUGCCGCAUGCUCAUGCAUUAGUACGAUACUUGGUCUAGUACCGUACUGUAGCUUGUGGGAAGGCCGAUACAAUGCUGGGUCGGCGGUCGGCCUAGUAGUCUUAGAUGGGCACCACUUGCCGCGCUUCUCUCCCGCGUUGUGCACUAAACUACGCAGGAGCUCCAGCUUCUCUUGUUCCUUCGGUUCUGCAUCCAAAAUGAACCUAAACUACGUCUACGCACCAGACCUGUUUCAUCUUCUACCUAAGAAACCACUUCUCAUCAUAGGUUCUUGAGUGGGGUUGCUACGGAGAGUGGGCCAUCGCAACUGUACGAAGCUACCCAGUCGUCGUCAAAACGGAAACAUCCACAGCACGGUGGGAAGGAGAAUUAUACGAAAUUUCGUCCAGAGCCAGGACGUGGCGGCCAUCCACACUCUAAAUCGGGCCCGCGCGGCGACCAUUAUGACGACGAUGGCCAGAAGGUACUUAUGUCGUUGUAUACAUAUAUUAUCGGAUGUAGGUGGCACUAACUUUUCACUUUCAAGCCCCCGCGCCCCCAUCGAAUUCGUGCCAUAAUAUCUGAGCGCGCGGCGCUCGCUCUGCUCGCGAGAAAAUGAGCGAGGGCACAAAAAUUGACAAACUCCGGGCACGAUUUUCGCACCUCUGCGGAUUCAGUGAGGGGCCUGGGGAGUCGUGGCGUCGCCUGUUUCUAUAAGAGCGGGGUAACAAAAUAAAAAAAGAGGUCCUCGGGGGACCUCUUGUCCCCCCGGCCGGGCGGACAAGAGGUCCCCCCGUUUUGCUGCCGGACCGUCCGGCACGCAGAGUUCCCCCCCCCCGUGUCGCCGCGUCGGAUAUUUCGGGUGAAACGGGGGGGACAUCUUGCCCCCCCCGUUUCGCAGAGAAAUCGGCUAUGUGUUUGCUAUACAGGACAAGAGGUCCCCACCGUUUGACCCGAAAUAGCCGGCGCGGCGACGUGCGGGGGGGAACUCUGCGAGCCAGCCACCCUGGCAACAGAAGGGGGGACCUCUUGUCCACCCGGCCGGGGGGACAAGAGGUCCCCCGAGGACCUCUUUUUUUAUUUUGUUACCCCGCUCUAAUAUUCGGCGGCGUCCGUGGCCGACGCCGGCCGAUGCGACUGCGAGCGCUCUCGUAAUUUUGCCACGUCGUGCCGUGCAGCCGCGCCGGACGGGUUUCGAGUGAGUUUCCAAAGUUACGCGCUGCAUGCGCUGGGCAUGGCUUACAACACGCUGAAGGGGUAGUUAGCAGCUUCUGAAGCUGUAGCCUUACCCUUAUGCUACUGUCCUAGCUAGUAUUGCCCAUGCGACUCGUCAAGCAGAAGAAGUACUUAGUUGUAGCGGAGGUAAAUAGUGGCGCAGGUGCACGACGAGUAACACUAACAAGCGUCCUCCACUCGAGAAGCCACGCGCGGUGCUUUCUUCUUCUUGCUGUUUCAUCGAUCACUGAUUUGUAUGCGAAGAAGAGCAAAUAAAAUUGAAAUUGAAAUUGUCGUACAAGUUGAAGAUUUUUUAUUUUUGUUGAUCUUCGUCCCAGGCACACUGGCAGCCACGACGAGAAUUCGCGAACGCGCAGGGACGGGACUGA